ACAAGCUGAACUUCCUUCGACACGAAGAGGUUUAAGCGAGAGAAAUGUCCGUCAAUAUUGUUCUAAGAGAAACAUUCAUCGUCAAACUUCUUUUGAGUUAGAUCAGACAGUUCGACAAUGUGUGGAGGAGGUAAGAGUCUACAAAUGAGAUUGAAAAAAUCCCAAUGUUAUUCAUGAUUUGACUCAGUUCCUUAUGAUGUUUGAUUAGGUAGGGCCUAGCUAUGGUAGAAAGAUGAUGGCAGGCUACAUCUAUAGCCGUUAUGGAAUGAAAGUUGGACAACGCAGAUUGCAGAGUAGUCUACGACGUGUAUCACCCGUCUACCAUGAACAAAGAAGAAAUGAUUUAGUCCGAAGAGCAAACCCUGUUCCAUAUUAUUCCCCGUACCACGGCCAUAAGCUUCACAUUGACCAAAACGAAAAAUUAAAAGACUUUGGUGUCACACAUGUAUGUUUUAGUGAUGGUCAUAGUAGUCAGAUUGUUUGCAUUCUGACAAUGCCGAUAAAGAAUCCAAUAGUGAUUUAUGAAGGUCUAUACAGGUCUCUGUUGGUAAAUAAAGGUAUAUGGGAUAUGGUCAGAGCAGAUCACGGAACUGAAUGGUGCCUACUUCUUUUCAUUCAAGACUACCUGAAGGAUUUUCGUGGCUUUAAACGCUGUGAGCCUUACUAUCAAACGAGAUCUACUGAUAAUUUGCCUGCUGAACGGAAGUGGGUUGAGAUUAAUCAAAGAACAAACUACCCAAUCAAAGAAGCGCUGAUUGACAUGCAAAGGCGACUUGUUAUAAACAUGGCUGACCCGAUUGAAAAGUUCUGCGUUUCUUUUGUGUCAAUUAUCGUUGCUGAAGUUGGAGUGGCAAAGGCUGUGGAUGCCUGGAAUGAACAUCCCAUUGAAGGUAACCGUCAAAGAAUACCAAACACAAGGGCAGAACUGUCCAGUCCCUUUGUCCCCACUCAGACCUGAAGAUGUCCCAACUACGGAAGAAGCUAUUGCAAUGUAUGAAGCAAAUGGUGGUCGACUAACGAGAGAGAGCACAUUUGGUGAAGACCCCUUACGAGACCACCCUACCCUUGUUGCCGAAAGAGAUAGGCUCUUUCAAGAAUCAAAUCCUGACGUGAAUUACAUUCAAGGCAACUUGGCUAAUGGAUAUCCAGCACAAUUCGAAGCUGCUGUUCUCUCAUUUAUUGACAUAACAAAAAGACUGUCUUAGUAUAACAACUUUCUAGCAAAUAUAGCUAUUUGGUAUAUCAGAAAAGGUUAUCGGAGAGCUUUGGUGAUUUAUUAUUGUUGAACGGCGAUUACACUACACAACCGAAAGGAACUU